UUACAAGAAAAUGGGAAAAAAAUAAGCACGAAACGCGACGGUCACUUGUCUCUCCCACGCGACACCAAAAACUUUGCAAGUAUACGAAAGAUAAGACAAAGAUAAACAAACUGCAACGUUAACAGAGAAAACUAAAGAAAUACAGAACAAAUAAUACAAGAAGAGGAGGAAAGACAGGCGGGCCACGGAAGGCGACUGUCAUUUAUCUUUCCCGCGCAAUCUUGUGUAGAACGCGGGAGACUCGGCGCCACAACCACCACCUUCCGCUGCAGCCUGUCUAUAGAUCCACGGCCCUGUCUAGCCACCACAGCCAGCCUGACGCCCCUUGACACGCAGCAGGAGGGAGCAGCAGCAGCAGAAGGAUGGCUGAGGGACUGGUCCACGCUGAGCUGCUGGCGGCGUGCUCCUCCCUGGGCCACAAUGAUGGGCUGCACUACCACCGUGAGGCUGACUGCUUGGAGACCACUAAGGACUUGCUGCGUUACCUGCGCCGCGACGACGAGAGCCACCAGGUGCGCCGCGCCCUGGGGGACUCCCGUGUGCUGCAGACAGACCUGCUGCCGCUGCUGCAGGAGCACAGCCAGGAUGAGGAGCUGCUGCAGCUGGUGGUGAGGCUACUGGUGGACCUCACCAACCCAGCACUGCUGCUGUUCCGGGAGGAGCUGCCGGAGGAGAUGGUGACGCGCAAGCAGUUCCUGCAGCUGGUGAGGCACCAGCAGGGCUACAAGGAGGCCUUCACCAACCAGCAGGCAUGGGAGGCCCUGGCUGGCCGCCUCAGGGCCAUCCUGGAGAUUCCUAAGGAGGAGCGGGAGGAGGACGAGCGGCUAUUGCUGGAGCGGAUCCUGGUGCUGACCCGCAAUGUGCUGUGGGCGCCGGCAAGCCCCGAGGAGGGCCGCACUGACAAUGACUCCUCCCUGCACGACCAAGUGCUGUGGGCCAUGCACCUGUCCGGCAUGGCGGAGCUGCUGCUGUACAUGACCACCUCUGUCGCGGAGCACGAUUUCUCCCUCCACCUACUGGAGAUCAUUUCUCUUAUGCUGCGAGAGCAGGACGCCUGCUGGCUGGCCACCUCCAACCUGCGCCGCUCAGCCCAGGAGAAAGAAGAGGAUGACCGCAGGCUGCAGGAGUUGCGGCGGCUGGAGGCCCUGCAGCGCGAGGCCCGCCGCCGUGCUUCCACCUCCUCACGGCACUCCCGGUUCGGCGGCACAUAUGUGGUGCGGCAGAUGAAGGGUGUCAGUGACCAGGACCUCAUCGUUCACCGGCCUCUGGCCAAUGUCUCGGAGCUCUCCUUUGAUCGCCACAAGAAGGCACGCAAGCACAACAAGAACCGCCUCCCCAUGCGGGAGUGCUCCACGCAGCGUCGCUCCAUCCUGGCCGUCAGUCUGUUCCUGCAGGAGUUCUGUGUGGAGUUCCUGGCGGGGGCGUACAACACCGUCAUGGCCACAGUGAAGGACUCGCUGGACCGUGCCCGGGCCCAGGAGCACGACGAGACCUACUACCUAUGGGCCAUCCGCUUCUUCCUGGAGUUCAACCGCCACCACAACUUCAGGGUGGAGCUGGUGACGGAGACACUAGCCAUUGAGACCUUCCACUUCAUCCAGACACAGAUCGAGAACUACUUUGAGCGCAUGACGGCCGAGAAGAAGAAGGUGGCAGUGUGGUCGCGUCGCAUGCACCGCGCCCUGAGGGCCUACCAGGAGCUGCUGGCCACCCUGGCACACAUGGAUGCCUUGCCCAGCCAGGAGGUGCGGGAGUCCUCCAGGGUCCUGAAGAGCCGCCUGUUCUACAUGGUGGAGUACCGGGAGAUGAUGCUGCUGCUGCUGCAGAACUACGAUCCCAUCAAGAUGAGCCUCGGCUAUCUGAGGGACGCCGUGGAAGCCACUCACAUCUUCCUCAAGCUGCUGGAGGGCAUGUGUCGCAAGGGAAAGCACGUCCUUGUCCAGGGCAAGACCAAAAUAUCAAACAAGAAGAAGCCAAAGGCAGCAGCAGCCACGCCAGGCACCAUGGCCUUCACCCCAACCCAGCUGCAGGAGUUGUGGGACGAGGUGUCGGGUGAGGUGGCAGCGGUGGUACAGGGGUCACCUGACACCCUGCCAGACAUGGUGCCCUUUGAUGCCCUGUCUGAGGAGUCAGAGGAGGUGCAGAAGGAGACGGCUAUGCGGAGGAUCAGCCACCACCUGAGGGGGAAGGAGCUGCCCCAGGCCGUGUCUCUGAUGCGAGCUGCCAGAGAGGUGUGGCCUGAAGGGGACAUCUUUGGCCCACAGGAGUCUGACAGCACCCAGGAUUUCCUGACCCUCCAGGAAAUUUUCAUGGCCAACCUCAGUUCCCCACAGGAAGCCCCAGUGCAGGAGCUGGAUGAGCUGGAGGAGUAUGAGGAAGAGGAGGAGGAGGUGGAGGAGAGGAUGGCUGUGAUGUCAGAGCAAGAGUUUGACUUUGUGGGGUUUGUGCGUCGGUUUGCCAACACCAAGGUGGUGAAGGCGUACAGCAGCCUGCUGCACCACUACCCCACCAACACCAACCACACCAACCACUGCAUCCUCAAGCUCUUCCACCGCCUGGCCUGGGACUGCAAGCUGCCUGCCAUCUUCUUCCAGGCGUCGCUCUUCUUGGUGUUCCUGCGAGCCAUGGAGGAUCCCCUCAGGGCCAGCAGUGAGUCGCCGCGGGAGAUUGCCCGGUUCGGCAAGUACAUCGUGCGGCAGCUGUACAAGGUGGCCCAGACCAACCCCAAGGUGUUCGUGGAGCUGCUCUUCUGGAAGACUAACCGGGAGGCAUUGGAAAUAGAGUGUGGUUACGGAGAGAUGGAGAGCGGCAAGGAAGCGGCAAAGAUGGCCUGGGGGGAGGAAGAGGAGGAGGAGCUGCGGCGGCUGCACAGCGAGGUGGAGGAGAUCCCGGCGGAGGCCCGCGGAGAGAAGGACACAGUGGAUCUGAUCAUGGAGCGGCUGAUCAGCACCAACAGGACACGACGCUCCGUCAUCAAGAAGCUGAAGGAGCUUGGCCUCAUCCGCAGCACCAACGACCUCAAGAAAAAGACGCCAAAGAUCUCUGCCCCCAGGACCUGGACGGAGGAGGAGGAGGAGGAGCUGCGGCGGCUGUUUGAGGAGAACAAGGAGGCCAUGGACAUAGUGGGGAGGAUAAUGGACAACAUGAGCCUGCGCCGUCCCAAACACAGGGUGAUGGAGAAGAUCCUGGAGCUGGGUCUGGUGGAGGACAGGAAGCAGCUGUGGAAGAAGAGAUCCAAGAAGACCACAGCAAGACCAAAGAGGAAGACUGGCCAGGACUUCCUCUCUGCAAACCAAGCCACUGACGACGAAGUGGACGAAGGCAGUGAGAGUGAGGCCACAUUGGCGAGCGACGAGGAGGGAGACAACACCACGGGAUCUCAACGGGCCUCUAGGAACCCAGCACCUCCUCCUGCCCCUGUUGCAACUCCAGCACUGAUCUCCAAGGCUCUCAGUGUUGUGUUGGGGGCAGGGCGCAGCGAGGCAGUGGAGUGGCUGUCAAGGAUCCUGCAAGACGUGGCUGACGAUCGCGAAGAAGAUGGAGAUUUUGAACCAGUGCCUGUCCUUGCCAUCACUCAGGCCUGCACUGAUGCCAUGGAGGAUGAGGAGUUCCACAAGCUGCUGCGUCUUGUCGGUCUUCAGCCACCCAUGAAACACCAGGAGAUGUUCUGGCGUGUACCCUCCAGACUGUCAGUGGAGGGCCUGCGGAAACGUGCUCAGUACCUCACACAGGGCGCCUCGGGUGAACUCCAGGACCUAGAGAACCCUGAUGAACCUCUGGAACCUGUACAACCUGAACCGGUAAAUGUAAAACCACAGAAAGCCAAGAAACCAAAGAAGGCGAAAAGUAAACAGAAAGCCUCCAAGAUGACACGUUCUGGUUCUGAAGACAAGGAGAACCAGUUUAAAGGAACAUCAGUCAAUAUGGUGAGUGAUGAUGGCCCUCUCUCUCAACGCCAGUCAGGAGAGAAUGAGUCUGGUGAGGAUGAUGUCCCUUUGUCCUCCCUUACUGGCAGGUCAAGCCCCUCGUCAUCAAGGCCACACAGCAGGGCCAGUAAGAGGAUGCUGUCUGAUGAUAGUGAUGGGGAAUUGUCACAGAGGAAGACGGUCAAGGAGAAGAAGAAGAAGAAGAAGCGUCUGGUGCUUGAUUCAGACUCUGAGGAAGAGAAGGAUGAUGGUGAGAGAGUGGAGGAAGAGAAGGAUGAUGGUGAUAGAACAGAGGAAGAGGAUGAUGGUGAGAAAGAGGUGGUGUCUCAGACUAGCAAGAAGCAGAGGAUAAGGGCAAUAAUAGAUAGUGAUGAUGAGUGAUGAGUGAUGAGUGGAUUAUCUUGCAGCACCAUAAGAAUAACCAAAGUGAGGAGAAACAUUAUACUUGACCAUGUUGUUAUUGUGGCAAGUAAUAUUUUUGUACUGGUGUUUGGUGGAAUUGUGUGCCUUGUUGUGGUGUGGGUGUGUUUUAUCCUGCCUCUCUUCCCACACAGUGUUCAAUGGCUGGUUGGUUCCUUCACUCUCUGCAGGAACCACAGGCCUUUUGUUACUUCGGCAAUCAAUGAGAUAGAUGUAUUUCAUUAUUUUUUAUUUUUCUAUAUGGACAUGUGAUUUAUUUAUUUAUUUUUUUUAUUUAUUUAUUUUAUUUGUUUAUUUGUUUAUUUUACAAUUAUUUGCCAAACCUGGGGAAUGAGAAAGAUACAUUUUAUUUGUUUUCUUCUUACACAAAUAUUUAUCAUUAUUAUUUGUUUAUUGCAUUUACUAUUUGUUUAUUUAUUUGUUUAUAUAUAUUUAUUUAUUUAUUUUUUUUUGGAGGGGAUUACAGGACAGACCAAUUGUAGCUUUGUCAGAGUGUAACAAAGAUGUAUUUUAUUUCAGUUUUGUUCCUAUACAGAUGCUGUUCACUUAUUAUCUUUUUAUUGGUUUAUUUUGUUACUCGUUUAUUUAGUUUUAUAUUUUGAGGGUUAUUUUAUUUAACUUUCUGUAUAUGCACACUUUUAUUAUAUAUGUUUAUUAGAUUUUUAUUUAUUUUUUAUCUAUUUUGAUUCUAUUUUAUUUAUUUUAUUAUUAUUUAUUUUUAUUAUUAUUAUUAUUAUUAUUAUUAUUAGUUUAUUUAUGUAUUUAUUUUAUUUUUAUUUUUAUUUAUUUUUUGUCACCAGUCUAAAUGAACGAAACACUGCCGGCUCGGCAUGGCAGUGUUGUAUCACCACUUGCUGCCAAAUGUGUGAUGACUUUAUAUGUGAAUUUAAGCAUCUCUCGAUAGAAUUGAGCUUAAGAUUUAUUUAUUUAUUUUAUUUUAUUUUAUUUUUUUCAUAUGAUAUAUAUAUAUAUAUAUUGAUGAUUGAUGUUUUAAUACCUUUGUAUAUUGUCAUGAGGAGAGUUAAUGUGAAAUAUAUAGUAAUGCAUAUUUAUA